AAAAGACGACUGAGACAUCCUAAAAGAACAAGUCAUGAUCGCUAAGCUGAUCCGGUAAACCAGGAUCAGAAGGUGGGAGAAGAAGCCUCACGAGGGGGAAGUCGAGUUCGUCCAAGUGGGCCGCUUUCAGUAUUAAAGUUCCACAAGUGAUUGUUAGACAGUUCUGCUGUACAGCGCGCGCAAUAACAUGAUAUUAAACAUCUCUUGUACGACGUUGCUUUGCUUGGCUGCGGGCACUGUAGUAGGAGGUGCCGUCUUACUCUUCUUGGGCCUUUAUCUCUAUAUUUCUUUCACCCGGGGAGUCUGCAAGAGCAAAACCAGAAUGGAUGGAAAAACUGUAAUAAUUACCGGAUGUACCUCCGGCAUCGGCAAGGAGACUGCGAAGAACCUUGCCAAGAGAGGCGCGAAAGUUAUCAUGGCCUGCAGAAAUACGGACAAUGCUAAUCAGCUGAAAGACGAAAUUAUAAAAGAAACGAGCAACAGUAAUAUCGUGGUCCGCAAGUUGGAUUUGUCAUCAUUGCAAUCGAUCAGGGAGUUUGCACGCCAGAUCAAUAGAGAGGAAUCCAGAUUGGAUGUGUUGAUUCACAACGCCGGCACCGCGGAGACCUUCCGGAAGAGGCUCACGGAAGAUGGAUUGGAAAUGACUAUGGGCACCAAUCACUUUGGACCAUUUUUAUUGACUCAUCUCUUAAUCGACUUACUGAAACGGUCGAAGCCGAGUCGUGUCGUGGUCGUCGCGUCGGAGCUGUAUCGAUUAGCGCGCUUAAAUCUCAACAAUAUCAAUCCUACAUCGACUUUUCCAGCGUAUUUGUAUUACGUGUCAAAGUACGCGAACAUAGUUUUUACGUUGGAAUUGGCGCGACGGCUAGAAGGCACCGGAGUGAUGGCAAAUUGCUUACAUCCUGGAUUGGUAGACAGCGGAAUCUGGCGAAGCGUGCCUGCCCCGUUAUCCUGGUGCCUGAAUCUCCUGAUCAAGACCUUCUUCAAGACACCCAAGCAAGGCGCGCAGACGACUAUUCAUCUUGCCGUUGCCGAAGAGCUUAACGGCAUCUCAGGAAAAUACUUUAUGGAUUGUGCAGUACAUGGUCUGUCGACCGCUGUGAAAGAUCCCGCUAAAGGCAAGAAACUGUGGGAGUUAAGCGAACCUUUAGUGAAGUUGCAACCAUCUGAUCCGAAGAUCUGAAUGUUUUCAGCGUAUGUGUGUAUUUCUUCAGAAAUUUUCGUAGCAUAUCUGUCUUUCCCAUGUAGCAGUAGUUUUGUACUUAAAACUUCAACGCUCAUUUCACAAGUCGCUAAUGUUGUCUCAAUGAAACGGAACUUGAAGUAGAACUCAAUGAGCUUUUGCAAAAGUUAUAUCAUUUCCGACUGGGUCACAAUUCGUUAACAUUUUCCUUCUUUUGUUCUUUGUACAUCUAUCAAGCGAUAUAAGAGCUGAUUAAGCUAAGCAAUAACGAGGAGUCACGUUUUCCUCAUUACGAUAUUACACGUGAAGACACUUUAUAUACACAGUGUCAUAUUUCUACCGUAUUAUUUUGUAUUAUUAUCAGAUUCUCGGUACAGUUUGAGAGCAAUUUUCCCUUAGCAAAAAUGUCGAAAUAAUCAUAAUCGCUUUUGGUGAUUGUUCAAUUUUUAAUAUCCUGUAUCUUUGUAACUAAAUGAAAUAUUUAUUAAAGCAAACUUUAUUUGAAAUUAAAUGAAGAACAUAAUUUUCAUAUUCAUUUGACUCCUUGAAAUCCAGUUUAUGAAACCUUCUUUUCCAAUCGCUUUAAUUUAAAAAUUAUCAAUAUUUCGACAUUUUUUCUCUCGACAUCUUUUCUCAAGAAAAAUUCCGCUCCAAAUUAGCUAAAAAAUUUUCCGUAAAAAAUAGCGUGAUAAAAUUAGUACAUUAUGAAAAAUCAUGCAUAGAAAUUGUUUAAAAUAUUAACCAGUAUGUAUCAGUAAAGCUGUUUCAUCUUCGAAUUUUCUGAGCCACGUUUCAUUUUCGCCGUACUAGCUUUACCUGUAUGCCAGUUUAGGUCGAAAUUUGUAGAAUCGUCACUUUUAUCGUUAGAAACUUGCUUCUUUGGUUUAGCGAGGUCACGCAACCGUUUAGGACAACGUCUGUUGUUGGUAGCGACAAUACGGGCGUAAGUAUCGAGAAGAAAUGUCUUCUUAUCAGACUGAUUAAAUGGUUUCGAUAGUUGCUUGUUGUCUACCAACUUAUGCACUUGGUGCUUACCUAAAAGUAUCGAAUCUAUAAAUAAUUGCAGUUAUAUUGAAAGCGAAAAGUUCAAGCGUCGUAAAACGAAGUUGAUUAUGGAAAAGAGCUGACAUAUAAAUAAUGGAUAAUAUGGGUAAAUAAAGGAAAAAAACUGACAAAUGAA